CCCCCUGGCCACACCUCGGACUCAUCCCACAUCGACAGCCCUCUCACGCGACACAACUAUCGGCAUAAGGUUCAACCACCCUGAUAUGAGCUUGAAACAGGCCCGCUGUGCUACCCUGGCUUGUAUCUAAGCGCAUCUUCUUGGACACACCUUCCAUCACAUCAACAUGGCCUCGCCGAUAUCGAGGAGAGCAGGCCUCGGGGUUCUGCUUUUCCUCGCAGCAACUCCGGCGCUCGUGAGCGCCUCUGUGCCACUCGAUCUCUGCGCCUCGUUCAACUCGGGAACCACGGAUGAAUUCCGCGAUGAUUACCAAACGAACGGUCUUUGCUUCGAUCACUGCAAAGAAAAUUACGCCUUUGCUAUCACCCAGCAAAAUUCCUGCUGGUGUUCCGAUUUCGCCCCGUCAGAAGACAGCCAAGUGAACCUGUCAAAGUGCAACCUGCCCUGUCCAGCAUAUCCCGCCGAGAACUGUGGUGGGCGUGGUCUGUAUGGCUAUGUCAUACUCAACGGCAAGCUCCCAGAGGGGACACGUGGGCCUACGGAGUCGACGUCGACAACAACAACAACAACAACCAAGUCGAAAGCCGAAUCAACAACGACGACUGAGACGGACACGGAUGUCCCGCAGUCAACGACAAUGACCCAGACCGUGACUACCGACGGCGAAGUGAGGACGGUCACUGUCAUCCCUACAAUAACCAGUGGCGGCGGCAACAGCGGGGAAAGCGCCAAUGACUCGGCCGGGUCACAAAGCAAGAAUGACGGCGGUGGUCUUGGCACGGGCGCCGUCGUUGGCAUUGUGGUCGGUGUCAUUGCUGCCGUUCUCAUUGCAGCGGGAGCCAUUCUGUUCUGGUUCUUCAAGCGCCGCAAGAGGAAUCAGCAGAGUGAUUACACCGAGGACCCGAGUGUGCGUGGCAACUCGUCGGAUCGGGUGGGCUCCUCGCACCCUGAGAUGAGCAAGGGCGCUGGCGCACUCUCAGGCGCCGGCAGCAACUCGCCUACUUCCACCAGCAACCGGAACAGCAUGCUAGCUAUCGAUCCUCGCAUGGAUCCCUUUAAGCAAGGGCUGUACAUGCGCAACGGCAGUCACGAGAGCAUCAACACGCUGCGCGACGACCACGACUAUUCGAGACGGAUCCAAUCGCCCAAGGUCCUCCGGGCGACAAACCCGGAUCCCGAUAACAAUGGUUGAUGGUCUCACACGCCGUGACAGAUUUCUUUUCCGGGCCAAUAUUCUUCGGGGUCGUCUUGGAACAUCAGACAAAUGACGACGCGCACGAACUUUCAUGCUGUCUACACUGGGAGUCGGGUUUCCAGUGGUUGGGAUACUCUUUGCAUUUUCGAGAUACCACGAUGGCGUUUGCAUCUUCCGGCUACACACACACACCCACACACACACUCAUCACAUUACCGC